UUACAGAUCACUGAUGUCAGUUGUUACUGAGAGACAGAAAUUGUUCAUUGAUGAAGGAACCCCUAGAAACCUUUUGGAGGACCUCUGGCUGAGAAAGGCUGGACUAGGCAGUCAUAUAUUUCUAUCCCCCUUGGUGGGAGUAGAGAUGACCCCAUCUGUAACCGUUUGCCGACCAGCUCACAUAGAACACAAGGCCGUGUUGACGUUAUGUGACGGUUCUCGGGGCUGAAGUUCCUCUGAGCUCCACAAAGUGGUGAUCUCCUUCUACCCAGACAAGGAAGUAUCUAUGGAAGACAGGAAGUGAUGUCAG